CUUCCUUUCUCCAGCGGCCACUCCGCAUCGACCGACAAACUUUUUCUCCGACAAAUUCUCUCCGGCAGACUCCCUCCGGCAACCUGAAAAAAUGUACCAAUGCAUUAAAAAGUGUGCCAAUCUAUUAGUCUACUGGUAAUUAAUAUACCAGUGCUAGUAGUACGCUACCAGUACGUUAAAAAUGUACCAGUACUAGCGGUACUAGUAAAAAAUGUACCAGUACUAGUGGUACGCUACUAGUACAACGCUACCAGUAGAGAAUAACACAACGCAACUAGCACUGGUAGCGCUACCACUAGCAUGGGUAGCGGUACCAGUAAAGAAUAACACACAAAAAAAAUAGAUGAUAGUGGUACCAGAUGUUAGGGGAGCCACUGGUAUUGGUACCAGUGAGUAGUGGUAGCGAACCAAUAGCGCUACCAGUGGUAUUGGUACCAGUAGAGACUAUCAGAUCUGGAAAAAAAUAGGGAUGAGGAAAGAGGGAGGCAGGGAAGAGUCUUGACCUCGCGGCGGCGGCAUAAAAAUGGUGGCGGGGUCAGCGUGGCACGACGGUAGGCGCGACAGGGCUGAGAGAGGGGGAGGACAACGGCGCGGCAGGAACGACGAGGACAUCGGCGCGACAGGGCGGCGGGGACAGCAGGCGCUGCAGGGUAGUGAGGACAGCCGGCGCGACGGAGGUCAGGGGUGGCGGUGGGCAUGGGAGAGGAAGAGGGAGCUGCGGUGGUGGGAGGGCUGUGGCGGCGGAGAGAGGGGGAGGAGAGACGGUGAUGUCUACGGGAGAGAGGGAGAAGAGAGAGGGAGGAUGGAGGAGUUAGAAUUUUUGUUCUUUUUAUAUGGUAGGGUGAAUGAUUGGGUGUGGCAAAUCUUUACCCUUCCAAAAAUAUCCUUCCUUUAAUCUUAACCGUAAAUUUAAAAAAAGAAGAAAGAAACAGGAGAGAGAGCGUAUCCAAGGGCUAUGAAGUGGGUUGUCACCGUAUCUCGUCCCGUGGCAAAUAUUCUGAUUUCCAUACCCAAAAUCAUAUUAGGAAAAUGAGUAAUCAAAGUAAAAAACGAUCAAGAAAUUAGUCUUAAAUGG